AUGGACUUUGCCCUCCGUCUAAAAGGCGGCCACAUGGGAGCUAGGAAAUUCUGGAGAGAAUACCUCCCCCGCCUGAAAUACCACAACCCUUCCAUCCCUAUGAUCGUCAACCGCCACGACCAGAACCAGCUCCCCCCAACCAUGACAAUCUACCUCCGCAAGGCCGGCUCCUCAGCAGCCCCAGCGUCCUCUUCUUCUUCUUCCGAACCCAUCGCCCAGCCCUCAUCGUCCCGGACGAACCUCUCCAAGGCGCAGCCCCCCACCGCAGACGAGCGCGUCGUCCACAUCGACAUGGCCAACAAGCACUCAUCACACAUCCUCGAGUUCUUCAUGGCCGAGACCCGCGCCGUGCCGCUGCAGCCUACAAACGAGGAGAUUGCCGAGAUGCAGGCCCUCGAAACGCUACGCAAGAACGCAGAGGUCGACCGCGAGCGGGUACGACUGCUGAGACUAGAAAAGAAGAAGGAAGAGGAUAUGCUGAAGCGAGCUAGAGCCGCGGGUGGCAUGGCAGAGCAAGAGGAGGCUUAA